CGUGCAGUCCGCGGGUCCGCGCAGCGAGGGAGGGCAGUCUGACUUUCACCAGGGUGUGUGCAGCUUUUCGGACACACGACGCGUUCACGGCCACCGGACAGCCUGGGAACAGCGCUUUACCGCCGGCAGCCGCCCGCAGGUGACCCGUCACCAUGUUCAAGUCCAAGAAGAAAUCCACGGUGAUAACACCGAGCAAGCCCGCCGACGCCCCCUCGGAGGUCGCCGCGCUGAUCGACAAGCUGCAGAAGCAGGCCGAUAAGGUGGAGAGGAACAUCUCCGACGUGGAGCAGAACCUCAACAAGGAUGUCAGCAAGAUCAACGACGGGAAGCCGACGCUGUACUGCGACGACUGCAACAAGAAGAUCACCCAGUGCCUGGAGCUGCUGGAGGGCCUGGACGUCGACGCCGCCAACACCAAGCGGCUCCAGCAUCCCCAGGCGGAGAUGAUCUCCCAGGACAUGAAGCAGCUGCGUGAGCGAGUGAUGAAGCUGAAAGAAGACGUGGACCGGAUCUACCACCUGGUCCGGACCGAGGGAGUGCCCACCAUCAACUGGGGCAACAUGAUCGACGAGAAGCUGGACAACCUGAACAAUAAGGGCUUCGGCGAGGACCUGCCGUCGGUGGAGAACGAGGUGGAGGAGCACAACAUCUUCCACAGCGAGGUGGAGGCUCUGGCUCCUCACAUCGCCACCAGCGGGGACAAGGAGUACAACAACCAGAACCAGGCCAAGUACAACAAGCUGCUGGCCGCCUCAGGCGCUCGGCAGCGUAACCUGGCCAGCCUGCGGGACUACAUGCAGCGCUGCACCAACGAGCUGUACUGGAUGGACCAGCAGGCCGACGAGAGGCUCAACUACGACUGGAGCGACGCCAACCUGGACUACCCGGCCCGCCAGAGGCAGUACGAGAACUUCAUCGGUAAAUGCCUGGAGUCCAAAGAGGCGACCAUCACCAAGCUGAACGAGGACGGAGAGAAGCUGAUCGCCGCCAAGCAUCCUGGGAAGAACGUCAUCGAGGCUCACAUGGAGGCGGUCCACGCUGACUGGAAGGAAUACCUGAACCUGCUCAUCUGUGAGGAGAACCACCUGAAAAACAUGGACGAGUACCACAAGUUCCACAAGGAGGCCCGGGACACUCAGGACCUGCUGAAGCGGCUGGACAAGGAGGUGAACCAGAAGUACAACCCGGAGUUCAAGGACAUGUUUCAGAUGGAGGGUCUGAUCCGAGAGCUGGACGACCAAACUAAGGCCGUGGACCACUUAGAUGUGCAGGUCAACAACCUGCAGAAGCGCGGCCUGCAGGUUUCGCCGCUGAAGCAACGGCGGGAGACGCCGCAGAAGCAGCUGCCUGUGGAGGCUCUGUGCGAAUACGACGCAGACGAGGGGCAGAUCGUGCGUGGGGAGCGAUACACACUCCUCCGCAACAACGGGAAGAACUGGGACGUGAAGGACGCGGCCGGACGGAAGCUGGUGGCGCCGGCCGUCUGCUUCAUGAUCCCGCCCACCGACCCCGAGGCCGUGGCCGUGGCCGACAACCUGGUGAGCCAGCAGAAGGGGCUGAAGCAGAAGAUGAAGGGCAGCAAGGACACCCUGCUGAAGCGCUUCGACGAGCUGAAGAAGGAGAUGGGAGCGGGAACAGAUAAAGACGAGCAGCAGUGCCGCCAGCUGAUGGCCGGUCUGGAUAAAGUGGUCAGUGACCUGGACAAGCAGGAGAAGGCCAUCCAUUCUCAGACUCGGCCCCCGCUGGAGCAGACCCGCGCCCUGCAGGACAGCGCGGACCGCCUGCAGGAGCUGAGGGACAUUUCCGCCGCCGUCAGCAGGAUCGAACCGGAGAAGUCCUCCAAGGUGCAGGAGGCCAGGAACUUCUUGAUCUCCAACCCGAAGAGCGCCAGCGCGCCGCAGCUCAACGCCAAGGUCGAGGAGGCCAACAAGAAGUACGCCAGGCUGGAGCAGCUCCUGCAGGCCUCCCAGGACCGACUGAAGAGCUCCAACCAGCUGGAGGCGUCCCUUCAGAACGCGAAGAACGAGCUCUCCACCUACGAGAACAAGCUGGCCCGGGAGGAGGUCGCUCCGCCGGACAUAUCCUCGCUGGAGAAGGCUCAGCGGGAGCUCGCUGACAUGGGAGCAGAUCUGAGGUCCAAGAGGCCGCUGAUCGCCGAGGCGGAGCAGAACCUGCGCUCGGCCAACAACAGCAGCGACAACAUGUACAACAAGUUCCAGGAGCACUGCCCCGACAUCGAGAGGCAGGAAGCCGACGUUCAGAAGCUCAACAAGCGCUUCAGCUACCUGCAGAGGCAGAUGGACACCAGGUCUCAGAGCCUGCAGAGAGCCAAGAUGGCCUACAACAACUACAACAACGACUACAACAACCUGAACACCUGGCUGUCCAAGGUCCCCAACUACGAGCCCAAAGAGACGGACGACACCAGACAGCUGGACACCAAGCUGAAGAACCAGAGGAACCUGCUCUCCGAUAUCGCCAAGAAGGAGUCGGACCUGAACAACGUCUCCAAAAACGCUCAGAUGUACCAGCAAGCUAUCAGAGACUAUGAGAACGAAACGGAGAAGUUCAAAGCCAUCCUGGACAUCGAGGACGGACUCGUUCCUCAGACCUACAAGAGGACCCGACUGGAAUCCCCGGCACUGCGAGUCAAAGGAGAGGAAGCUGCUAUUGAGGCCAAAUUCACGGAGGUAAAUGCCGUCAACAGGCAGAGGCUGCAGAAUCUAGAGUUCGCCCAAAACCUUGUCAAACAGCAAGCUGACAUCCCAAUGAUCCAGAGCACCAACGUCAAGUCGGUCAAUGCCGCUCCAGGCGAAGAGCCGUGGCGAGUCCGCAAACAGCUGGAGGACGAAAUCCACAGGAGGGAGCAGCUCGAGAAAGAAAUAGAGACCAUUCAAACUGAAAUUUAUGUGCUUGAAGGUCAAAAGCCGCAGGACACGAUCGUCAAGAAGGAGCUGAUCAAAAAGGUCCCAGACCCCCAGCUGGAUGAGGAAAUCCACAAAGUCCAGCAGAAGCUUUCGGAAGAGCGCCGCAGCACCCACACCCUGGAGAACGACCUGGAGAUCCUGAGGCUGAGGAUGCGCGGCAUCGAGACGGAGAUCAAGGAAGGAGCGCAGGAGUACAUGGUGAAGGAGGUCCUGCGUAUCGAGAGGGAUCGGGGCCAGGAGGAGGAGGUGCGCAACCUGCGCGACGAGCUGGAGGAGCUCCGCAGGCAGAAGCUGAUGAAAGACAACGAGCUGAUCGAGCUGCAGAAGCAGGUGACCAUCCUGGCCGAGGAGAAGAGCAGGGAGCAGGAGGUGAUCACCGAAGAGGAGGUGAUCAAAGUCCAGAACGAUCCCCAGCUGGAGACCGAGUACCGCUUCCUCCUCGACAAGAAACAGAAAGAAAUCGACGGCAGGAAGCAGCUCGAGGACGAACUGCAGUUUCUUAAGGAGAAACUCCGAAGACUGGAAAAGGAAAAAGCAAUGGCGGAGGAGAAGAUUUCCAUCAAGGAGGUCCUGAAGGUGGAGAAGGAUGUCGCCCUUGAAAGGGAGCUAGAAAACCUCAGGAGGCAAUAUGAGGACGAGAAGAGCAAACGAAGAUCGUCACAGCGAACGAAGAUCGACCUCCAGAGGAAAAUCACCAGUUUGGAAGAGGAGAAGUCCAAAGUCAUCACUCAGGAGAAGGUCCGGGAGAUCGUCCGCCCCGAUCCCAAAGCUGAGAACGAGGCGGCCAGUCUCCGAAUGGAACUCGUGGAGCAACAGAGGCGCUACACAGAUUCCGAGCUGCAGCUGAGAUCCCUGCAGGACGAGCUGACCAUGCUGAGGAACAGAGGGCCUCAAGUGGAAGUGAAGGAGAUCAUCAAGGAAGUCAUCAAAUACAAGAUCGAUCCGCAGACCGAACGAGAGCUGGAGGGGCUCCGCAACGACAUCGUGGACAAAACCCACCAGAUCGAGAAAUUCGAGAUGGAAAGCCGCCAACUCCGUGAUGAAAUCGAAAGAUGGAAGGCAACCAAACCGCAGGUGCAGACUAAAGAGGUGGUGAACGAAGUGCUGCAGUACAGAGAGGACCCCAAGACCAAGGAGGAGAUCGAGACGCUGAAGAGGAAGCUGGCCGAAGAACAGAAGAAACGCCUGGACCUGGAGAGGGAGCGCUCCACCCAGGAGGAGAAGAUCCGGCUGAGGAAGACCGAGCUGUCGCAGGUCCGCGAGAAGGUCGUUCAGCAGGAGGUGGUCAAGAUGGAGGAGGACCCCGUCCUCAAGUCCGAGUGCGAAAGCUUCUUGCAGAACAUCAACACGGAGCAGAGGCAGCGGGACAGCCUGAAGGCGGAGCUCUACCAGCUGCAGAGGCAGAAGGCCGACCUGGAGAUGCAGCUGGAGGAGCUGGAGCGCGAGCGCAAAGUCAGGCGCGAGGCGGAGCUGGAGAUCCAGAGGCUGCGGAUCCGGCUCCACGAGCUGGAGCUCCGGGACAAAGAGAACCGCGAGAAGGUGACGGUCAAACAGAUGGUGGUCCUGCAGCAGGACCCCCAGCAGGAGAAGGAGCACUCCAUGAUCAGGCUGCAGCUGGAUGAAGAGCGGCACAAGCGCACCCUGCUGGAGAAGGAGCUGAACGCCCUGAUCCAGCAGCAGGUCACCCUGGAGAAGGUCGACGUCAAGGAGAGAGUGGUGCGCACCGAGAAGGUCCAGGUGGAGAAGGACCCGGAGGCCGAGCUGGAGAUCGAAAGCCUGAAGAGAACUCUGGAGGACGAGAAGCGCAGAAGACGGGACCUCGACACCGAGCUGGCCGCCUUGACGACCAAGUUCAGCGAGAUGGAGUUCACCAACACCAAGUCCACCAAGGAGCUGUCGUACAUCCGCGACGAGAGCAACCGUCUGCAGCAGGAGAACCAGAGGCUGCAGAACGAGAUCCGCAAGCUCCGCUCCGAGAUCGAGAUCACCAGCAAGGAGACGCAGCUGAUCACGGAGUCGGCGCCCAGAGUGGACGGGAAGAACAUGGAGCUGAGGCUGGAGUCGCUGCAGAGGGAGCUGGCGGAGCUCAGAUCCGUCACCAACCAGAAGGACGUGGAGAUCGAGAAGCUGCAGAAGAGCCUGACGGCGGCCAAAACCAAGAGGGAGCAGAGGGAGAACCACCUGAAGAGAUCCAUCGUGGUCAUCGACCCAGACACGGGCAAAGAGAUGAAGCCGGAGGAGGCCUACAAGCUGGGCCUGAUCGACUGGAACAUGUUCGUCAACCUGCAGAGCCAGGAGUGCGACUGGGAGGAGGUGUCGGUCAAAGGCCCCAAGGGAGAGUCCUCCAUGCUCCACGACAGGAAGUCCGGCCGGAAGUUCUCCAUCGACGACGCCUUGCGCAUGGGCCACAUCACCAACGCUCAGCUCCAGCAGUACAUCCGGAAGGAGAUCUCCAUCCAGGAGUUCGGAGCGCUGGUGUCGGGCAAGAAGAAGUGAAGCGGCCGACUCUCUCUCGGUUCUGUUCCCAUUCCACAAGGUUCCAUCGCUUCCACCUCUGUUGUUCAAACAUCCUGUUGUCUUUGACCGUCUUCUCUUAUUUUAACGUUGUGGUGAUGUGGCAACAUUCUGUACUCCAUGAUCUUAAGUGCACUCCGUGUUUCUGAGCUGAUCCAGUUCAAGGCGCCGGUGUGACUGUAAGGAUUGGUUCUACUAUUGUUACAGCCGGCUACAUACCGCUUCUCAGCUUCAGCGGGUUUGACUUGGUACGAGGGUUGAAAACACAUCUUUGAUUUUAUCGUAUUGAAAUUCAUAAGGGUAAAAAAAUGUUUUAUUAUUUAUGGGUUUUUUUUUUUUCCCAGGGUGCUCUGUUGUGUGCUCCGCAAGCUUCAAUAAAAGCCCAAUCAAAGUGA